GUGGUUAUGAAGGGGCGGGAUUGUCUCCCAUUGGCCGCUGGCGCUGCCCGUCAGUGGGAGGGGGCGGGACCUGGUCGCCGGUCACGUGAGGCGGGACGAUGCGUCGCCGCGAACGACGGGAGGAGGGAGGCCCCGCUCAGCGCCGGGAGCUCAGGGUUUAGGAGCUGUUGCUGUGGACGGAGAGAAGGGGACGUGAGCGGCCGGUGAGCCCCCCCAUCUGCUCGGUGUGCGGGCUUAGCUUCCAGGGGUUGAGCUUCAGUGGAAUACCACAUGACGGGGCACAAGGAGAAGCGUUAUGAGUGCGACGUGUGUGGCAAGGCCUGGCAGUGCCCGAGCCAGCUGGAGGUCCACCGGCGGAUGCACACGGGACAACGUCCCUUUGACUGCUCCGACUGCGGCAAGACCUUUACCCAGUUGUCAGUGCUGCAGGGGCACUGGCGCGUGCACACGGGCGAACGCGCGUUUGUCUGCUCCGACUGCGGCAAGACCUUUACACAUUCGUCGGGGCUGCGGGUGCACCGGCGGGUGCACACAGGAGAACGCCCCUUUGAAUGCUCCGACUGUGGAAAGAGCUUCAAGACAGCGCAGGAAUUGAAGAUACACCAUCGAGUGCACACGAGCGAGAAUCCGUAUAGCUGCUCUACCUGCGGGAAAAGCUUUACUCAGUUGUCGGGGCUGCAGAAGCACCAGAGCAUGCACACGGGUGAGAAACCCUAUAGCUGCUCCACCUGUGGGAAGAGCUUUGCCAAUUUGUCGGGACUGUGGGAUCACUGGCGGGUGCACAGCAGCGAGCGGCCUUUCUCCUGCUCCGACUGCGGCAAAGGCUUCAAAUCGUGCAAGACCCUGAAGCUUGCUGGCACACAGCGACAUGGAUAG